AUGCUGAUGUUGAUUGUACUGUUUACAGGCAACUGGACACCCGGACCAAAUAUAACAGGUAAAGACGGGCUGUACGACCGAUGUAACAGCGAUGUUGACUGCAAGGGGGUACUCACGUGCAACUACUAUUACUGCUCAUGCCCACCAACGACUACUCUCAUGGGGACGAAAUGUCAGAGCGAACGAGAUACCACCUUGGACAUGCCAUGUCUGACGGACCGACAGUGCAGAAGCUUGACCAACCACUCGAUCUGCAGUUUGGCUACAGGGACAUGCGUUUGUGAUGCAGGCUUCUACGCGCACGAAGGGGAUUGCUAUCCUAUUUUGGGCGAAAACUGCACGGGAUACGAAGAUUGGUGUGGCCAAUAUCUCGACGGCUCCGAGUGUCUGGACGGCGUCUGUACCUGCACCUCCGACACAAUGGAAGCUAACUACCAGUGCACGUCAAGCAUGGACUGCGUAGAGCAUGUGAGACCUCUACCGGAAAUUGACCGGCGGUCACCUUCCUACCGCGCCGCGAAAACCGAAGUCCUGAUCAACGACGGUCAAUCUAGAGAAAGCGAUUGGUUCGACCUUGGACAACACAUGUUGUCGACGAACAGCUCUGUGAAGCCCGGUGAUUGUGCGACUCUGCAUCCUGUAUACAUGACCGGGGCCCCAAUCACUUCACUGGCUGACGGAGACACAGUUCAAAGGGAGGUUAUAAUAGGCGGUGAUUCCGGGAUCAAAGAGAAAUAUCCGGUCUCCAUUAGGCGAUGUGGUGCAAAGAAUCGUGUGCUGCUUCCAAAACUUCCGGUCGCUUACGCAGGCUUUUGUUUGGAUUCCAAUGUUCCCUCGGGUCAGCCGUUUGAAAACGGGAAGUACAGCGUUAGGGUAGACCAACAUCUCUACUUCGAGGAACAAAAUGGUGAAUUUGUGCCUGGCAUACAGUUUAAUUGCACAAUUGAGCAGGGUGUUAACAUAUAUGACAAAGCCAAUGACGAUAAAUUUAUUACAGCUAAUUGGUACGUGAAUGGAAAACACUGCAAGACUUAUGGACCUGUGCAAUUGAUUGAACUUAAUAAAUUAAUAAUUAAUGAAUCGGAGAUUCUAGACGAAUGCGGUGUUGCUGCUCUUGGAUUCGAGUUGCAAUGUUCGAUGACAGUGUCUAUCAACAGGACUGGCAAACCAUCGCAACCGGAGACAAGCGACUAUAUCUUUGUGGGCGAAAUUCCGCGAGCAUACAGUGUCGAUUCGACCGGCAAAGCCGUCAUCGCCAUGUCACCGUUCAACACUCCAGUGGGUUGCCGAGGAAACUCCACAGAAUUCAUCUGUGAGGUCGAGUACAAGUUGAACAUAGGUGGUGGCUGCUCGGACAGGCCGCAAUGUGGCGUCCGCCUUAUAGGUCUCACUAAAGCCGGCCUUGACCGGUACGGAAGCUGGCUGACCUACACAGAGUCUGUGAAGCAUGGUUUUUUCUUCUCGUUUGAAAAUAAUACCUACAUAUGGGAUUCCCUUACUGGAACAGCAACGAAACAUCUGAUUGACGGAGACACAACGGACGACAUGUUCGUGGAGAAGUAUUGUGCACCUGAUAAGCCCAUCGGUCAUCGCCUGUGGGACUCAUUUGCUUUGCCGGACGUGAAGAUCUACAUCGAGGAUCAAAGCAAACUCCGAUCAAAAUGUGACAUAAUUUGGGAUCACCAGAGAAAGCUACAAGUGCUUGUUAAAUCGACGGGCGACAAACAAUGGACUCUGGAUAUUGACAGUGUGGGAGAGUUCCUCUUUGUAAGAAGUGUAGGCUUCCCAACAGAGGGUCACAUGAAAACUGAAAAGUGCGCGGAGUCAUCCAAUGGGGUGUGCGUGUGCGGUUGGACCCACAGGGAUGGUAACAAGAUAUUCUCAUACGGAAUCUGUGGGGGACUCAAGGUUAAUGGCUUCACCUGGGUGUCUGAUACAGAGGAGGAUGUUAUGUACCGUAACCAAGACGGCUGGGGUCAACUUCUAAAUGGUAUGGAAGGAACCUUAGAGACGAACAACGGCACAAAUUACUUGUUGAUCAACACAACCGAUGCCCAGAGCAGAGAAAAUUUCGGCGAACUUCAAGGUCUGUGUAAUUUUGAGGAUGAUGCCUACAAAGGAAAAACGGGAAACAUAAUGCUGAACAGCGCCGGCUUUUUCAAAGAAUGGCUAUUAACAGCCGAAGAGAGCAUGUUCGUGCCCAAAACCAGUCCAACCCAGUACAAAUACAGCGAGGAUGUGUACGAAUGUCAUUGCCCAGCCGAAGGUGAAUUGGAAGAGGACGGCGAAUAUAUUGAGAUACAAACGGAAUACUAUCCAAUAACGACUUUCUUCAACUACAGUGGGUCCGUCAAAUGCGACAAGUCAUCACCCGCAAUGACAUCCUCUCAAAUGGGUGAACCGUGGAUACAGGCCCCGAAACCUGAUCCGAUUUCCCCGGUUGACGUCGUCCUUCACGUUAUAUACAAACAGCAACAAGAUGGAUCGUACAAGUCGUUUGCAGAAUGCUUGUUUGAAAACAAGAACGAGACGCAGUACUAUGUUGUGGGAUGGUACGCUGAUGCCGUAUCAACCCCGGAAUAUACGACAGGCAUAUCAAAGGCAAACGUUGCCGGUUUCAACGCUGUUUCCGUGUCCAAUCUUGUCGCCGCCUAUCGCGCAAAUCCUACGUUAUCUCAAACAUGUGCCAUUAAUCGCAGGUGGAGAUGUGCAGUUACGGUUGUUGAUGCCACCGGAAAAUCUCUUCUGCCUGCCGUAGCAAGCAAGUAUGAGGACAUCAUCAAGAUUGAAACUAAAUACGUUAAAAUGAACCGAGGAGCCAGUGCGGAAAUCCUCUACACCAUCAACGUUCCUAUCCUGUGUCAACCGGGAACAAAAUGUGGAAUCAACGUAAAAGUCUAUGAUGAAAGUGAUGCUUAUAAAUGCGAAAACUCAACGCUGGCCGUGCGGCACAAAAGCAUGUGCGGGGACAUCGUUGCAGGUGCAAAUAAUAUUGCGAGCACCACUGACAGUAUGAACAAGUCGAUAAAGAUUACAACAAAGAACAACAACUGGUUUGAGCUAAAAGACACGUUUACGCUGACCAUGGAGAUAGAAGGCUUUGGAAAGGUGGAUGAAUUCUGGGACAACUGUAAACUUAAUACGAAAAUCAAGGUCGAGGUCGAAGACUUCAAAAACUACUGGAUGCAUAACUACUGUUAUUCAAACAAUGAUCCUCGAAUCGGAACUUUCGACGGGGCCUACUUCAGCUUGAACAAUGCCGCGAACUAUACGCUGUACAAGCACAAAACACUUCCUAUUCGGGUAAGAACAAUGCCGGGAACUAUACGCUGUACAAGCACAAAACACUUCCUAUUCGGGUCGAAAUAGAAACCGAGAUAUGCAAUGGAGGAUGGGCGGCAUGUACGUGUGGUGUGACGGUAAACGCGGGCACGGAUGUGUUCGCAAUCAACCAUUGUGGGGGUUACCACUUGAUCAAGACGAUCCAGAAUACCGAGA